AUGGCGACGGAACAAAAUCUAAUCGAAACCGUGGAGCAGACGAACGCUCCUAUGGCCAUUUCUCAAGCCAGCAGCGGACGCAGCCGCGACCAUUCGCCCGGGUGCCAGAGCGAUCGGAGCACCCGUGGACAUGGCGCUGCCGAAGGAACGUCGCUUAGCCUGGCCCAGCGCGCGUUCGAGAUCGAAAAGCGACGAUUUCGGAUCGAGCGUCGCGAGUUCGAGCUCGAAAUGGAGCGCCGGGAGCUACAGUUGGCGGAGCAACUAUUGGCUCUGGAUAGAGGCGAACCAUCCAGAAUGGAUGGCCAAAAUUGGUCAGCGUCGUUCCGUGAAACUGAGCCCAACGAUGGUCUCUUCCCGUUGACCGGGAAGAAGCGAACGCGAUGGCGUCAGCUGAUCGUCCCGCGCGGGGCGUUGACCGUAGGGAAAACAACGCGAUGGCGUCAGCUGAUCGCUCAGCUGGACGAAGCGACCAGGGACAGUGAGGAGGAUGCCAGCCCCGAAGAUGGAGAGGCUAGAAACGUUGGUGGACUUUGGCACGGCGGUGCGGAAUAUGUGCGCCACGAUUCGUAUCUCCGGUAUGAAAGAAUACGAAUGCAACGUGACACUUCUGAAGGAGCUGACCGGCCACUGACGUACAUACCACUGGACGAUGAGGAAGCCGCUCCGAUAACGCCCAACCACAUCCUUUUGGGCAGCUCGAAUGGGGAAAAGCCUCGAGUAACUCUGGACGACUCUCCAUCGGCAGUGCGCUCCUCGUGGGAAGCGGCACAACGGAACGCGGACCACUUUUGGAAACUAUGGGUACGAGACUACUUACCCAUACUCAACCGUAGGACAAAGUGGUUCCAUCCCGUACGACCCAUCAGCGAAGGAGACAUCGUCAUCAUUGCGGACAAAACCGCCCCAAGGAACCAGUGCUUGAAGGGCGAGGUGAUAAAGGUGGCUCCCGCGCGGGACGGCCAAGUGCGUAGGGCAACAGUUCAAACGACUGCAGGAGUUUACGAAAGACCAGCCUCUAAACUCGCGAUACUAGAUGUUUCCCACCGUGAUAUAGAUAAAUAAAGUGACACUAUGUGUCACGAGGGGAAGAAUGUCACGAAGGAAAACAAGGCAGGGUUGGCACCGUUGACAUUUGACAAUAAGCCGGCGCCAACUACACCGAUUAGAUCGAUUACGCCGACCAACGAUUACGCCGACCCAAGGUUGGCGUAUAAAAGCGGGAGAAUUGUAGAGGCUCAUUAAAAAGUUGUAAAUCGAACAAUCGCCAAUAAAGUACUAAAUUUGUGGCGCAUCCACAA